AUGCUCGCCUCUACCUCGAUGCCUCCGCAUUCAUCUAGCGGCUCAGGGUCGUCGACACCGUGGCUCUCACCAGAAGCUUCCUCCAGUGCAUGGCGUGGAUCUUACUCGACCUCCUCAGAGCUCAGUCGCAGCGCUAGCCUCAACGCCAGCAUGAACGCAUCCCUGCCUUCCUACUCUCACAACGAGCCGCAUUCGCAGGAAUGGUGGGAGCACGUUCUGCCACCAGGACAGCUCGCAGAGCGACUGCGAAAGGCGCAACGCUCUUCCAAUGCCUCGCGUCGACGCAACAACCCCGCUCUCGCCAACGCAACCCCGUCUGAGCGAAGCGCAUGGAAGAGGCUCUCGGGUCUGCCCACCGAGAAACGUCAGCAUACUCGAUCCGAAUCGUCUACGGCUACCUCCAGCAGAAGAUCCUCGUUUCAGGGCGGCGCAGCUGCCACUUUGCCUCGCUCCGCCUUGAAGUCGAGUCUUCGCUCGCAAGAAGUUGCCACGCACAGCGUCAGCCAGUCUGAAUCCAGCGCAGACGUCUCGAGCGACGAGUUGGGCGGUACGUCGACGGGCCAGCACAGCCCGGAGCAUCACUUGCGGUUUGCCUUUCCUCCAAGUGCUCCAGCAGCUGGUGAGCGCGACUCUACAUCAAGGGCAUCGAGGAGAGCAGGCGUACGAACCAGUGCUAAUAGCCCCGAGAUGGUCUCAACAUCCCAGUGGACAGGAUCUUCCUCGGCAUCGCCGCUCUAUCCAGAUGCAUUCGACUCGCACCGUUCCUUCUCACGCAGCAGCGGUGUUCGAAGAAUGCGCGUCAUGAGCGAAGAUGGCAUGGCAUCCACCCUCUUCGCCUCGGUCCAAUCUUCGUCUGCAUCUGGCUCAUACCGCCUGCCCGCAUCGCAGUCGGUUACGCAUCUCAACCAGCACGGUGCUCAUAGCGAACGAUACAGCAACUCAGCCGAUCAUCUGAAGGCCAAACUUGCGUCCUAUUCCCUGCCCGAGACGCCGGAACUCAGUUCAGACGACGCAGCAGAUGUCACGACAUUCAGCACCACCACCACUCAGCGUGUCCGCAAGACAAGCACCACAAAGACGACAAUUCGAUCGGCGCCAACGUCCAAGGCUCCCUCGCCACCAACCAUCCUUCGGUCCCACUUUGACAGACCGGAUCAGCCAGCAAGCACUCUGGGCUCCGACGACUUGGACGGCUACCACAGUCCAUCGACCCGCCGCGACCGACACGUGAGCUUCGACUCGACCGCCGCCACUGCUUCUGACACCCCGACGCGAGCCAACGUGCGCGACUACCCCGAGCCCCUAACUUCGAGCCAAUCCGCGUACAGCUUCGGCCGCGACCAUACUGGCGCUUUCGACUCGCUUCCCCCUCGUUCCAACAGCACCAGACGAUCCCGACAGGGUGUCCGCGUCGCCGGUCACCGCGCAACCAGCUUCUCGCUCCCCAGCAGUCGUCGCGGUUCGAUCCGCGAAGACUCCCCCUUCCAGUUCGGCGGUGGUCCUGCACCCUCCUCCAGCUCGACCCACCGUCACCGACGGACAGGCUCGAUCCCGGACGCGGUGCUCAUCGAAGGCCUCCACGUAGCCCACAAGCAGCUCGCCUCGGCAGGCCACAUGGCGCUCACCCUCACCCGUCAGCUGUCGGCUCCCCUGCGACCCGUGUUUCACAUGACGCUCUUCCUCAGCAUCUCGAGCAUCACGGUGCUUUCGCUGGCAUGCUUUUUGUGUGCCAGCUACAUGCUUACUGCAUGGGACGAUGUCAGUGUGCGUACCAACAAGGUGCGCGAGGUUGCUGGACGGACGAAACAUCGGUUUGAGGGGGCCCUCGAUUGGGGGCGGAAGAAGCUUGGUCCUGAAGCGAUGUCCGGUAGCAGCAGUCCCAGGACGGGUGAUUCUGCCUUUGAACCCCGGUCGUCGUCUGGCACCUCGACACCUGCGGAGAAGCGAGGGGCGGUCUCUGCCGCCGGUCACGCCUUCACCUGGCCCGCCCGCAUGGCCUUUUCGGGCGCUGCGACGGUCGCACACCACGUAACCCCUCCGUCGGUCUCCAAGAUGUUUGAGCAGAAAUCCGACUCGCAGUCCAAACGCUCGACGCUGCCCCCACGCCCGCCACUGUCGACCCUGUUGCCAUCGAUCCUGUUCACUUUGUUGCUGGCGAUCGGUGCGGGGUUGACGAGUUUUCUUGCAUCGCGCAAGGAGGCGGGUCCGGAGGCCAGCCCGCAGGCGUACACCGUACCGCUCUCGCCUGGGACCGAGUACAUUAGUCAGGAGGCAAAGAACUUUCACUCCAUGCGCGCGGGGAUGGGUCAGCGACGGACGUACGUUGCUACUGAAAGCAGCGGCUUCGUACGUUAA